AUGGGUGUCACCACAUUUACCCAGGAGUUCACCACUUCAAUCGCCCCAGCCAAGUUGUUCAAGGCUUUGAUUCUUGACUCUCACAACCUUGUCCCCAAGCUCUUGCCCCAGUCCAUCAAGAGCAUUGAGUUUAUUGAAGGCGAUGGCGGUGUCGGUAGCAUCAAGCAAACCAACUUCCCUGAGGGGAGUCACUUCAAAUACUUGAAGCACAAUAUUGACGAACUUGAUGUGGACAACAAUGUGUGCAAGUACAGUUUGAUCGAAGGAGAUGUGCUGGGUGACAAGCUUGAAUCAAUCUCAUACGAGGUCAAGUUCGAGGCUUCAGGUUCAGGCAGCGUGUGCAAGAUGACAAGCCACUACCACACAAAGGGUGAGUUUGUGAUUAAGGAAGAGGAAAUUAAAGAAGGCAAAGACAAGGCCCUUGGGUUGUACAAGGUUGUGGAGGAAUAUCUCCUCGCAAACCCCGAUGUCUACGCUUAA